AAGGCCUGCGUUUCUCAAACUGCGAUGUUUUAUUCCCACACGAACAAAAAAUCGGACUAUCAUGGAUACGGUGUUAAAAGUUGUCGUGAACACGGACGAGUAGUGUAGUAUUUAUUUUUGAAGUUUCUCAAUUUUUUUGUGUGUGUUUGUAAACUAUCCAGGUUUUGUCACUUAGUUUUUAGGGAUUCACGCGUUGUGUCAUAUACAGUGGUCGUGUUGUGUGCCGGAUGAUGGACGAGGAAAGUUUAUCUCAGUUCACGAUUUGGACUAUACCAACGUUGGGGCGACGAAUUCGACUCAAUAAAAGAUCAAUAAAGUGUGAAUAGUUGAUAACAAGCGCAAUCGUACAGUGAGAGUAGAUGUUAAAAAACUAAUGUUAGUAAGAGACUAAGCGCGAUGCGCCCCGUGUGGUAUACGGUACGGACUCUAUUGGCGUUCCUCAUGAUCGCUGUGUCAACUUCACCGUCUGCCACCCAGAGUACCAUCCUUGCAGGCAGUCCGUUAUCGUCAGUCACGGGGACUGUCACCCGCGUGUCAUCCGUCGUAGGUGGUGAAGCGGACCUUUACUGCGACUCCCGGCCCCCGCAGCGCAAUGACAGCUUGCUACUCGUCGUGUGGUAUAGAGACGAUAAUCCUGUGUACAGUUAUGACACACGCGUACCUGGACCGACAGGUCACUGGUCAGACGACAUGUUCGGCGAACGUGCGCGGUGGUUCGGCCAGCCGACCUCGGCGCUGCAUGUUCGCGACGUGCAAUCUCGCGACAGAGCGAUAUACAGAUGUCGCGUCGACUUUCAAGUUUCACCAACGAGAAACUACCGGAUCGCGCUCGAUGUUAUUGAGCUGCCUUCGAAGCCGGUGAUCUUCGAUGAGUUCGGCAAAGAAAUAACCGGAACCGCCGGCCCUUACAACGAGGGAGGUGACUUCAAGCUUAUUUGCUCCGUUAACGGGGGUAACCCCACGCCAAGAGUACAAUGGCUACAAGGCGAAACGGUGCUAUCAACACUAGGCGCGGGAGAACUACAGCCCGCAGGAAGCAGCAGGUCGUUGACCCUCUCGAUCUCAAACGCGACGAGGGCGCACUUGUCCUCCGUGUAUACCUGCACAGCAGACAACACCUUGUUGUCGCCCCCUCAACGUGCCACUGUACGAGUUGAUUUGUACUUGAGGCCGCUCUCCGUAGAAAUCUUGUCAAGAGAGCAACCGUUAUCAGUGGGCAGACAGGCGGAGAUUUGGUGUAAAUCGACCGGGGCCAGACCGCCCGCUAUUGUUACGUGGUGGCUUGGUGGUAAACAGCUCGACUCUAUAACUAAACAACAGGAUCUAGAAGAUCGCAACGAGACCCAGUCGCUUCUUCAGUGGACGCCAUUAAAGGAGCAGAAUGGAAAGGUCCUUAUUUGCAGAGCAGAACACUCAAAAUUCAACACGACAACGAUAGAGAGCAAACUGCCUCUCAAUAUUUAUUACGUUCCUGUUGCCACAAUGCGUCUUGGGUCUAAAAUGAACCCGAACGAUAUCGAAGAAGGCGACGAUGUGUACUUCGGAUGCGAAGUCGAUGCCAACCCUCCCGCGUACAAAGUGGUGUGGGAACAUAAUAGAGUUCUGCUUCAACACAAUCCAUCCAACGGGGUCAUCCUCACCGGGAACACUAACCUCGCCCUCCGCAACGUGUCGAGGUACCAAGCCGGCACCUAUACAUGCACUGCUUCCAACGUCGAGGGUGACGGGAAGUCGCCUCCCCUGCGGAUGCAAGUUGUUUAUAGGCCACUAUGUCGGAAGACAGAGAUAAAAAUGAUCGGUGCAGCGCUUCAAGAGCCCUCGAAGGUGGAAUGCGACGUCGACGCUUUCCCGCCGCCUGAUACGUUCGAGUGGACACUCAACAAUUCUGCCGGCUCCAUCAAGGUUGACCCUGAACGUUACACAGUGGAUGCGAAAGAAAGCAAAUCAGUGCUAACCUACGUCCCAGUCUCCGACAUCGACUACGGGACGUUAUCGUGCCGGGCGACCAACCUUGCUGGGCAGCAAAUAUCACCGUGUGUUUACACAUUGCUAGCAGCGACACGUCCCGACCCGCCUUCCAACUGCUCAGUAUACAACCUCACUGAUGAUUCGUUGGACUUGGCGUGUAUAGCAGGUUACGAAGGCGGCCUCCAAUGUAUAUAUAUAGCAGAAGUUUGGGCCAACGAAGGCUUAGUGACGAAUUCAACGAACCAAGCGACAGUCUGGAAUCUAAGAAGGCUGGGCGCUAAAAGACAUCUGAAGUUGGUAGUGUACGCGGCUAAUGCUCGAGGGAGAUCCGAACACGUCUCAUUCACUGUUGAAACUGCGCCAAGAUUGGCGCCUAGAACUGAAGCGCAAGAAGCGUGGGAGGUGAACUGGGCAGUCGGUGGAGUUCUUGGAGCGGCGCUUACAGUCGCAAUCAUCCUUUGUCUGGCCUUGGUUGCGACGAGGUUGCGACCUAGGUCCAGGGAUUAUGAAGUGACAAUGCAAUCAACGAAGAACCAGAAGGCGUCCCUACAGAAGCGGUGCUCCCCCGACGAGCGUAACCCGGAUCUUAUUCCCCUUAGUAAAGGUAUAGACUGUCCACCUGACCCGCCACAAUAUUCAGCGGUUGUAGCCAAGUCUGAAGCCAAGAACUCCACUAGUUCACACAGCUUGACGCGGACGCAAUCUCCAACCUCGCCUGUGUUACCUCAUACACAACACGAGUUACCGGGUGACCGCAACGGCGUAAAUGGAACUCUGAGGUCACAUCGAGAGGUCGUGACCACUCGAACCCCGCUGUUGGCAGCGCAUCAAGAAAGUUGUGUGUAACGUUUCUAGUGGAAAUAAGAUUUAAGCUACGUUGCGACUCUCAAAAAUCUGACUGUUAUACUAUUACGGCAUUGCUUAAUAAAUGCUGUCCGCCUUUCGAGUACCAUAUUUCGUAAUAGUUUCUUUUUGAUUAUGGGUUUCACGAAUACUAAAACAUCAUCUAUUAUUUAAAUAUCAGAAUAAAAUGUUACAUGCCAGAUUAUGUCUUUCUUUCAAAAGACAAUGUAUUAAAGAAUCUCGUAAGAUUUUUUGCUAAAUAUUUUGACUAAUGACUACUAUACGACCAAUGUACAGCUUUGAUAAUGUAUUUAUCUGUAUCAUUCACUCUGCGUGCUAGUUAAAUGUUAAUCGCACAUUUGACUGUGAGUUUUAUUGUUUGCCUUUGGGCGUCGGUUCCGGUCAUUAUGACUAUUACUGUCGUUAUCAUUGUUAAAUAGAGACGCAAUAGUUACUUUAUCUUAGAUGUAACUUAUACAAUACCAGAGUAUGACCGCUGUUUUAUUGCAGCUGUAGUAUUUUCAAACUAUAACUACAAUAUUAUAAUAUUAUUUUCAACUGAUGAAAUUGACGUACACAUAUAUAAAGUCAUACUGCUUAUAUUUCUCUGGCAUUAUGUGACUUAGCCCUCAACAGUGCUCUAAUUACAUGUAUACUAUACGAGUAUAUAAUAGCUCCAAACCAAUUCUUAACGUGGUCACUUGAAUUAAAUGCUGAAUCGAUUUCCCUAAACUCUGGCUUAUAUUUGAAUUUCUUGAUAAAAAAAAUUACAAUCAGUAAUUUCUGGCCAAUGUGACCAUUCUUUUCAAUGUUUGUAUAAAAGUGAGGUUUUUAAAGUCGCAACAUUAUUAAAAUGUAAAUUUAAGUAAAAUGUACAUUAGUUACGAUAUUGUCGGCUUAAAGUCGUAAAAGUAAGAGUUUUUAUGUAGGAUUAAUUGAAUCAAUAAGAAUCAUAUUAUUUAAUGGUUAAAGUAUAAAAUAAAUUAUUAAAUUAUUACAAUUUUAAAUCUAGAUCAAGACUCUUUUCGGAUAUUGUAACUUUGACCAAUUUAAAAAAUAUUGGAAAAACCAUGAAGAUAUGUGAUUUUUUCGUUAUAUGCAUUAUU